AUGAACCAUUUGGCUGUCCCGAGACAUCCUCUCAAUGUCAAACCAUCAGGAAACCAUAUUCUUCUUUCUGAUAAGGAAGUUCUAACUUUUCAGGAGCGUUGGUCCAAAGACUUGGGUUUACUAUCCAUUUUUUCAGAUGAGUUGUUAUACGAAAUCAUAUCUUUGAUAGAUAAUGCCAGCGAUCUCAAAAAUUUUGGCCAUGCUUCAAGAAUUUUGUACGCUUUCACUUACCAAGAUGAGUUAUGGAAAAACUUAUAUCUUCAACAUAAUGGUGAAGAUUCGUUAUCGAUAGAUUGGAAAGGUUCUUGGAGAAAAACAUUGUUAAGAGUAAAUGAAGAAGCAAAACCUCAAUGCCCUAACAACUUGCUUUGCUCUGAUUUACUAUUUAGACCCUACCAGUGCUCCAAAAUAGAUUACAAUGAACUCUGCAGAAGGAUUAUAGCGGAAGAGAAAGUCUACCACAAAAAAGGAAUAACUGAACAACCUAAAGACUCAUUCUAUAGAUCUGUUCUUAGAAUACCUGAGAAAGAAGUAUCGCUUCAAUAUUUUGAAAAGAAUCUUAUAAAUCACCCUUUUAUUUUGACUAACUCCGGAGUCAGUGAUAGAUGGCCCUCAUGGUCAUUAGCUUCUCUACUAGAGAGAUUUCCAAAAGUUAAUUUUAGACAAGAAUCAGUGAAAUGGUCUUUAGAAGCAUAUUCUAGGUAUCUUUCUGAAAACAGUGACGAAAGCCCUCUCUACCUUUUUGAUUGUGAUAGUUCAGCGAUAUCUCAACUAUCGAAGGAAUAUCAAGUUCCAGUUUGCUUUCAAAAUGAUCUUUUCACAGUAUUGAAUGAGGAAAGCGAUACCGUUGAAGGUAAAGAUAUAGUUAACUGUCGACCAAAUUUCAGAUGGUUGAUUAUUGGGUCGUCAAGAACUGGCUCAACGUUCCACAAAGAUCCCAACUCUACAUGCGCAUGGAAUGCUGUCUUGUCCGGUUGUAAACUUUGGAUUAUGAUUCCUCCACACUUGACGCCUCCUGGGGUGGGAACUGACAAGGACGAGAGUGAGGUAACAAGUCCUGUUUCGCUUGCAGAGUUCUUCCUCUCUGGUUUUUUCAAUGAUAUUUUAAAAUUAUCAAAGGAUCAUGAAAAUGAGGUCUAUGUCUCGGUUGUUUUCGCCGGAGAAUGUAACUAUGUUCCUAAAGGUUGGUGGCACCUUGUUGUUAAUAUAGAUGAUACAGUUGCGUUAACACAAAAUUUCGUCCCUUCACCAGUUUUACCAAGUGUUUUAGAAUUUUUUGAAAGAAAAUCGGAUCAAAUAUCAGGGUUCCAUUCAGCGAAAUUGGUAAAAUCAUUGAAUGUUUUGUUAGAGCGCAUGGAAAAAAUAGAUUCAUCUGAUGCGGAUUUCAUUCUUAGAAAACAAUCUCUAAAAAAAUAUAUCGAUAGCCAUGAAACCAAAAGCGCACCUAAAACAGCAAAGAGGGAUAUUCUACAUGAUGAGGUUGAUGAUGAUGAGGAAAUUUGUGAAAUUCCAUUAUUGGAAGCUUUUGAGGAGUUACUCAUUGAAAAAGGUUAUUCUGAAGUGCUUGAAAGUGCUAUAUUACAAAAUCAAGUCAAAAACUCAAAAAAGCAAACUAAGGGCUGGCAUGAUGUUGUUCAAAGCCGUAAUAAUGAAGAACAAGGCCAAUCUAGUGGCUUUGCAUUCGAUUUUGAUUUGUGCGAAGAUUCUGAUUAG